AGCGGAUGAAGAGAGAGAGAGAGAGAGAGAGAGAGAGAGAGAGAGAGAGAGAGAGAGAGAGAGAGAGAGAGAGAGGAGGACGGAUGCAAGGCGAGGCCAGGAGUGAGGAAACCUUAUCUCUCCUGCUUUUCCAGCUGUUGUCUUUGUGAUCUCUGUGUGUGUGUGUGUGCGCUUUUUUAUUCCCAGGAUAAUUUUAUAAAGCGUUUUUGUUUGUCUUUUUCGAAGCGAGAAAACAGACGUGACAAAUCUCGACGUCCGUCCCGAUGUGUCGCCGCGUUUCAUCACGAUUGGUCGAAGAUGCGGGAAGCGGCGCCCGUCGCGUCGAGGCUGUUUUCCAUUAAACAUACGAAGAUGCACUCGACGAGCGACGUCGGACACAUGACAGGCGACAACAGCCUGGCUCGGUGAAGAGAAGAGGAGGAAGAGGAGGACGAGAGAGGGGUGGAGGUGGGAGCGACAUCGACGGAUGGACGCGAAGCAACCGCGGGUUUGUGCAAUAAUUUGCGCCUAAUUAUUGUUCGUGGCGGCUGAUCGGGGAGCUAUUUUUACAUCCGUCCAUCCCGGAGCUGGAAAGGCCGACAUAGCCCCGCAUUAUCUCUGGACAUGAAACCCGUGGGAAUUAUGAUACCGACGUGACGCACGGUCACACACACACACACACACACACACACACACAUCACAGCGCGGCGGGGAAGACAUCGAGGGUGUGCGGUCCACACUGAUCACAGGAAGGGAGGACGCCCAGUCGUUGUCUGACAAAUCGCGCCGAUGACUGUUGUUUAGAGCUAAGCGGAUUGGGCCCAGCAAUUUUUUUUUUAAAUUUUUGUUGUUGUUUUUUAUUGUUAUUAUUAUUUUUAAUGCACUGGAGGCAGCGAAGCGGGAGGCGGGCGGGAGAGUACAGCGGGUGAGGGAGUGGAGGGACGGGAUGCGGGAGACGCAGUGAGCGCGGAGGAGGAGGAGGAAGAAGCAGAAGAAGAAGAAGAAGAGGGGAACCAGGAGGAUUGACGGGUCUCAAAUUGCAGCUGCUGGCGUAAAGUCCCAGCUCUUCCUGCUCAGCAUGGCCGCGUCCCUGUGGUGCAUGGCAGUGGGUGUUCUCACCCUGGCUCAGGUCGCCCCCUCUGGUCAAGCCAUGUCUCGGGCCGCCAUGCCGUUCGGGCUGCUGCGCAGGGAGUUGGCGUGCGAGGGCUACCCGAUAGAGCUGCGCUGCCCAGGAAGUGAUGUUGUGAUGGUGGAGACAGCCAAUUACGGACGCACCGACGACAAGAUCUGUGACGCGGACCCCUUCCAGAUGGAGAACACACAGUGUUACCUUCCUGAUGCCCUAAAGAUCAUGUCCCAGAGAUGUAACAACCGGACUCAGUGUGUGGUGGUCGCGGGGGUCGACGUCUUCCCAGACCCCUGCCCCGGAACGUACAAGUACCUGGAGAUCCAGUACGAGUGCGUCCCUUACAAAGUGGACCAAAAAGUUUUCGUGUGCCCCGGCUCGCUUCUCAGCAUCCAGCCAGACUCCUCGCUCCUGGAGGCGGAGCAUCAGUCCGGGGCCUGGUGCAAAGACCCCCUGCAGGCCGGAGACAGGCUGUACGUCAUGCCAUGGACGCCGUACCGAACGGAGGUCCUGUAUGAGUACGCCUCGUGGGACGACCUCCGACAGAACAGAGUCACCACCACCUACAAGUUGCCGAGUCGUGUGGACGGCACGGGUUUUGUGGUUUACGACGGAGCUGUGUUUUACAACAAGGAGCGAACUCGCAAUCUGGUCAAAUACGACCUGCGCACUCGCAUCAAGAGCGGCGAGGCGGUGGUUGUCAACGCCAAUUACCACGACACCUCUCCUUACCGCUGGGGAGGAAAGUCGGACAUCGAUCUGGCGGUGGACGAGAACGGGCUCUGGGUUAUCUACUCCACAGAAGCCAAUAAUGGACGCAUCGUGGUCAGCCAGGUGAACCCGUACACGCUGCGCUUCGAGGGCACCUGGGCGACGGGCUUCGACAAACGCGGCGCCAGCAACGCCUUCAUGGCCUGCGGCGUGCUCUACGCGGUGCGCUCCGUCUUCCAGGACGACGAGGGCCAGGCGGACAGCCGGGCCAGCAGCAACAUGGUGGUGUACGCCUACGACACCAGUCGGGGUCAGGAGCUGCCCGUCCAGAUCCCGUUCCCCAACCCGUACCAGUACAUCUCCUCCAUCGACUACAAUCCCAGAGACAACCAGCUGUACGUGUGGAACAACUACUACAUGCUGCGCUACCCUCUGAGUUUCACACCGCCGCCACCAACCAAAGGUCCUCUGUCCUCUCUGAUGACCACCGUGCGCUCCUACACGGCUACAGUCGCUCUCACCCCGGUGCGCCCGUCGGCCUCGCACCCGAUCGGCGUCAUCAACAGGGGUCCGAUCACAGCCAUGGUCCCGCUGACCCCGCGGCCCCCGCUGCGGGUCCCCCUGGCCCCCGGCGGGCCCGGUCAGGUGGGCGGAUGCGAGGGCCGCGUUGCGCGAGGAGUUCAGUGGCCUCCGACUCUGAAGGGAGAGACGGUCGAGCGGCCAUGCCCUAAGGGGUCUCUGGGAAUCGCCUCCUAUCAGUGCAUGUCGUCUCCGGUGGGCUGGAACUCCCGAGGGCCUGACCUUUCCAACUGCACCUCUCCCUGGGUCAGCCAAAUCGCUCAGAAGAUCAAGAGCGGAGAAAACGCGGCCAACAUCGCCGGGGAGCUGGUCAACCUGACCCGGGGCCGGAUCUACGCCGGUGACAUCAGCAUGUCGGUCCGGCUAAUUGAGCAGCUCUUGGACAUCCUGGACUCUCAGCUGCAGGCCCUGAGACCAGCCAACAAAGAGUCAGCCGCACGCAAUUACAACAAGCUGCAGAAGAGAGAGCGAACGUGCAAAGCGUAUGUUCAGGCUGUGGUUCAGAUAGCCGAUAACCUGCUGGGUCCUGAAGCCCUGGUUUCCUGGGCGGACAUGAGCAGCCUUGACCAGUCCCGCUCCGCAUCGCUGCUGUUGGACGCCGUCGAGAAAGGAGCGUUUCUGUUGGCCAACAAUCUCUACGAGGGCCGUUUCAGUGACAGAGCGCCUAAUGUCGAUCUGGAAGUGUACGUACUAAAUACUGAGGCUGACAUACAGGACUUGACAUUUCCACACUCGUAUGACAGCGACAGCAUCCUGCAGAUAUCGGCGCAGGCUCUGCAGCAGUACAGCAACAACGGUCAGGUGAAAUUGGUCCUUUCCCUCUUCAAGAACCUGGGCCCCUUCCUCACCACCCAGAACUCAACUUUGCGUCUGGGACUGGGACUUGCCCAAGGCCAAGAGCCCCGGCGCAGGAGCCUGGUGGUCAACUCCCAUGUAAUCUCUGCCUCGGUGCACAGAGGCACCAACCGGGUGUACCUCACAGCGCCGGUGAUCUUCACUCUCAGACAUCUCCAGCUGGAAAAUCACUUUGGUCCCAACUGUUCUUUCUGGAACGCUUCGGGGGUUUCUGGCAGCGGCAGGUGGUCCACGCAGGGCUGCCGCCUGCUGCACACAAACAACACGCACACAACUUGUGCGUGCAACCAUCUGUCCAGCUAUGCGGUCCUCAUGACUUACCAGCAACCAGUUUUCGGCGCCGGUGUGGAGGAGCUUCUGGUCUACGUGGUUUCCUGGGUCGGCAUCGCCGUUGCUCUUGUGUGUUUGGCUACCUGCCUUAUCACCCUCUGCUGCCAGGGGGCGCCGUGGCACACUGACCACAGCACCAUUCACUGCAACCUGUGGGCCAACCUGCUCAUCACAGAACUCAUCUUCCUCAUCGGUGCCAACAAGACUAAGUACACGGUCCUCUGCUCCAUCACCGCCGGCCUGCUGCACUUUUCGCUGCUUUCUGUGUUCUGCUGGUUGUGCCUGGAGGCGGUGGAGCUGUUCCUUCUGCAGAGGGAAGUGUUCGAGGGACGCAACUCCAGGAGGAAGUAUUUUUACCUCUGCGGCUACUCUGUACCAGGGCUGGUGGUGGCCGUGUCGGCUGCCAUCGACUUCAGAGGAUACGGCUCAAAAACGGCGUGCUGGCUGCGCACAGAUAACUACUUCAUCUGGAGUUUCCUCGGACCUGUAGCUGUCAUCAUUACGUUGAACUUGGUUGUCUUGGUGAUGACCCUACACAAGAUGCACAGCACCGCUGCACUCAAGCCCGACUCCAGUCGCCACGACAACCUCCGGGCCUGGGCCGUGGGCUCCCUGACUCUCCUCUUCCUGCUGAGCGUCACCUGGUCCUCGGGCUUGAUGUUCCUGUCGGGUCCGUCUGUCCUGCUGGCUUACCUCUUCACCUCCCUCAACACAGCCCAGGCCCUCCUCAUCACCAUCCUCCACUGCACGCUCGCCAGAAAGGGUCAGAAGGACUACGGCCGAUGCCUGCGCCUCUCCCAGUGCUGCGCCACGUCCUCCUCCAGCUCUCCGGACUCGGUCAAAGGCGCAGCGCUUCGCUCCAACAGCCGCUACACCAGCAGCCAGAGCCGGAGAGCCACGGCGAACAGACAGAGCCGCAUCAGGAGGAUGUGGAACGACACGGUUCGCAGGCAGACCGAGUCCUCCUUCAUCGCCGCAGAUGUUAACAAUACUCCAACUCUUAACAGAGCUGCUUUGGGAAACCAUUUCCUGACCAACCAAAUGCUGCAGACUCAUGCUGGAGCUUCUCCCUAUGACACGAUGCUGGCGCAGGGAUACAAUCAGCCCUUCACUUCCACUGUAGGAACCUUCAGAAACAAACCGAAGGGCGGGGUGUCACAGAGCCAGGAAUCCUGCGCGUUGGACAGUGUUUGUCUUAAUGGAGGCUACACCCCCAACACCUUCACCCUUCAUGGUCUGGGUACCACGCCCGGGUCGCGAGCGGGAGUUGUGGGCAGCGCUGACCUCCUCAGGGAGGGAGGAGUUGGGCUUGGAGGUGAUGACAUCUCGCCAGGGCUCCUCACGCCGCACAGCUCCACAGAUCUCAACAGCGGAGCCGGAAUGCGCCGCAAUCUGUCCGACGCGGCGGCUCUGGAGAAGAUGAUCAUCUCGGAGCUGGUGCAGAGCAACCUGCGGCCCUCCGUUCCCAUGCCCGUUCCGCCCGAGCGCUACGGGAGCCUGGCGAGGCCGCAUCACCACGAGAGGCCAGCUCUCACUCACACCGCUACGUUGACCCGCCACCCACAGCCCUCCCAAGAGGGCUGGUCUGCCACGGUGCAGCCGAGCUCCCGGCAGAACGCGCAAGAGGGCUGGGCGCAUGCAAGGCCGCCCACACAGGACACCGAGGCGAACGCCGCCACACGGGGUCAAGAGCAUGGCACCACGCCUCGCUUACAAGAUGGCUGGUCACACGGACGCAUUUCUGGAGAUUCCGACACCCAGGAGUUACUCAAAGACGGAGACCGCUCACAACUGCAAGGUACUCUGGGCAGGCGUGGACACCAGGAGAGGCAGCCGGCUCGGCCACCAGACAUCCAAGCGAGGCCUUACGCCACUCUAAGCCGCACCCCGGGUACCUUGUCCCGCCACCGCAGCAUGGUGGAGUCUACAGGAGGGACAGAACGAGACAGGGAGAGGGACAGAGAGCGAGACAGGGAUCGCUACCGAGACAGACCUCUCCCUCCACCUCCUCCCCCACCGCCACAGGAGCCAGAGUCACUGUACAAGGCUCUGGAAGAGCCACUGCUUAUGAAGCAGAGAGAAGCGGUUGUAGAGGCAUGGAGAGGCGGCCAGGACAGGGAAAAGGAGGAGACAUUUCUGCUGAAAAGAGAUGGAACGUCUGACGACUGGAGAGGGGGAAGCAAGAGGGGACGAGACGAGUCUUUUACCGCUCAUAAGCGAGAAGGCACAAUGGAUGAGUGGAGGGCCGGCAUCGAGAGAGGCAGGGAGGAAUCCAAAAUGCUCGAGAAGAGAGACGGACGACUCGAGCUGUGGCGAGCAGGGGAGACGGAGCAGGGAGAGACUUUUAUCACUCAGAAGAAAGACUUUGGGAUGGAUGGUUGGAGAAGUGAGGCAGAAAGAGAGUCGGACGAAUCCUUUUUCCUGAAGGACAGAGACGGGUGGAGGGCAGGGAUCGAACGAGAGAGCGAGACACAGAAGGACAGAGCGCUGGAUGUUUGGAGAGGCGGGAUAGAUUUGGACAGGGAGGAGUCUUUCUCAUUCGAAAACAAAGAUGGAGGCCCAGAUGGGAGGAUCAGAGGGAAAGACAGAGGGUCUCUGCGGUAUCAUGGCGAGCGACAGGAUUCAGACAGCUUCACCCUACCGUUAACGCCCGAUCUCGACUUGGACCCAGACUCCUCGCCCAUCUACACUCGGGAUUCGAACCCUUCCCCUCUAUACUCCGGAGACCGCCGCUCGCCGCCGCUGAGCAUCUUCUCCCGAAACUCUCCGCCGACAAACAUCUUCGCGCCACGAGAGGACAACUCGCCGCCGGGUAAACUCUACUCCCGCCACUCUCCGCAGAUGUACAGCCGCAGCAGCUCCCCUCCCCGCUUUUACACCCGCACCUCUCCGCCGACUCACAUGUACCCAGACAGCAGCCCCGAAGGCCCAGAAGACGUCAGCCCUACCGGUGGCCAUCAGCCCCAGCGGCCCACUCUGGAGCUGCCCUACAGCCUGGGGCGCCCGCCGUUAGGCCCACGGCCCAAUCACUUGCAGACCUUCUACCAGCCCCCGCCGCUCGCUUCAAACGGGGAGACAGGGUACGCGGCAGAGCCCACUUCUGAGGGAGACGACGGACAGAUGCAGCGGGUGACGAGCCUGUGACUAGGGCGGUGGUGAUUGGGGUAUAGAUACCAGGGAGGAGGAGGAAGAGGACGAGGGUGACAAUUUUAACAAAGUGAAGACCAAAAAGAUGGAAACUUAAGAUUACGCUUUAGAAAAAGAACAAUGUUGGACUUCUUUAACAAUUCUGGCAUUUUACAUGAUGGCUCCUCCCUGCUUCUAUGCCCCAAUCACCACGAGAUCCCCCCCACCCCCUUUCCCGUGUUUUGUUACUUUUGUACGACUGUGAUCCAUUUAUAGCUGCUUCUCCUCCUGCUGCUCCCCUCUUCUGUCUUUCCCGAAACUCCCUUGUGUCUUCCCAUAUCAUUGGUGCUUUCCUUAAUCCGUCCUCGUCGCCUAGGUUUUGCUUCAUCGGCUGGGUGUUGCCCCUCCCUGUAGCAAACAGUGUGUCAAAGAAGCACUUGUGUGUUGCCAAAAAACAAAAGAAAAAAAACAAAAACAGGAAUCCUUUCAAAGAACUCGUGCAUGACUUUAUAGUGGCUUUGCAAGGCUACAUACUGUAGGAGGACGCGCUGACACGUACAUGCGAGUGAGUGUGCAUAGCUUGAUGAGCAUGUGUGGCUGUAAGGAUGGGUAUAUGUGCGUAUGACAGAGAAAGUAUGUGUAUAUAAUACAUUAUUGUAUAUUUAACGUACCACAUUGAAGCAUUUUAUCAAUACCGACCGGAGGAGCUGUCCGUCUCUCUCCUCCUCCUGAUUUUGACUCGGCCCAUUUCACAUCAAGACCAAAAAACUUUUGUUCCCCCCAGAGCUGCCACGAACUGCCCCGUGGAGGAACUCGCUGACCGCAGAGCUGGAGAUUGUGUAAAACCUCAGAGAUUUUCUGCAAACCCCUCCUGAGAUCCUUGUACAUAUCGACCUCAAGUGUUCUGAUUGUCUUGUAUUGCUAUUGAAGUUCAAAGUAAACAUGUGAAAUAAAUGUUCCUGUUUUUCUGUUUGUGUGCACAAAGAGAAGUGGAGGCAUUCAGAGAAAUGAUCGGAUUUUUUGUUAAUAACUAAUCGGCGAUGAUGCCCCCCAAAAAAAAAAUUAUGCCGAUGUUCUUUUCGGAAACCGCGGAUAUAGCACACGACGGAUUAGAAAAUAUAGUUAUGUACAUUUUAGAGUGGAUAAAUAAAUGCUACUUUAUACAUCUACUGUGGAAUCUGGGUCGAUUUGCCCCCUUUUGCCAAUUCACACCUUGAUUUCAUCUGUGCAUGUUGCCAGUUUCCAUCUGUUUACCUGUUUUAUAUCACUUUGCUUCUGGGUAGUUAAAGGGAUAGUUCAUAAUGACUGGAGUGAGGUUCUGUUAGGAGGCUGGUAUCUUACCUGCAGUCAGUAAUUUAGCUUAAAUCCAGUUGGACCCAGGGGUUAAUGCCGAUACCAUGUCCAAAAGGAUCCAAGGCCAAAAUGGACUCCAGCUUCUGUUUCAGAAACGGUACAGACGUUUAUGUAUAAACUGUUGUUGUGUUUGCAUUGAGAGUUUAUUUACAAAGCAGUCAAAAGCGUAUAUAUCUGGGAAACGGAGGUAGGGGUUGGCAUUUUGGGAUUUCUACGGGAAACAGAAUUCAGGAGUGCAUUCACACCAGUCCUUUUUAGUCCGUUUUCAUCAAACUCUAGUUUGUUUGCCUGGAAAGCCCUGUUUGUUUGGAGAAGGGUGAAUGUGCAAUCGAACUCUGAGCCGCCUACAAACUUAGGUUUCGAUUUGAUAAAUGUGAACUCUGGUGCAGUUUGAAUGCACAUGUGGAUGUAAAUGGACCGGAGACCGCUCCAAAGGCGGGAAGCGGGCUGUGCAUUCUGGGUAAACGCAACAUAAACAAACGCAGGAGUGUAGCGCUGGCAUAAGUAAAGGCUGGUGGUCUUCUACCGAAGACAAGCGAGAAAUACUACAGCUGCUAAAACAUCACUUUGAUUUACAUUUUGAGAAGAAGGACGUUGUGCUUGUCGUCUUGUUCAGAGACUUUUGUGCCGUUUCCUUCAGUAGUUCUUGGCGCAGCGAGAACUACUGAAGGACAAGAACGCACAAGAUUAAUGCGAUUUAGAAGACAACAUAAAUAUAACAACGCAUGGAUGCAAUGGCUUAAAAACAUCAUUGCCAUGGCAUUGAUGAAUAAACUUUUUUGCUUAUCCCUCCUCUUUAUCAGACAAGAAGCAACACAUUUCACUCAGAAAUAUUUCAGAUUAUUUAUAUUCCGCCGCUUCUUCUACACUGAUUGAUGAACCAUUUCCUGCGGAGCAAUCAGCCAUUUCUCUGAAUACGUCUACUGAACGCAAAUGGCCUAAAUGAUUCGUAAAGCGGUGUUUGCACAGAUCGCUCUCAUGUUCUUAACGUGUUCUGAGACGACGGAUGUCUGGCUUUUUCUCUGAUGAGCUGUUAGCUUAAUCUUUGUGAUCAGAUAAUCUGGAUUUAUAAUCUGAGACAGGUAAGACAUUAACCCUUUAGAGCAUCUUUUUUAAACUAAACCUCACUUUGAAAUUUCACUUUGAAUAAGUAUCUUGAUCAAUAAGAGAUGAAUAAUGAUUAAAUUGGACAAGUCUUACCUAUUUAAUUUAUUGUAUAUCUUUUUUUUUUUUUUUAAAGAUUUUACAUUUUUCUUUAUAUUAUACCCUAAUUUCAUUCAUUGUGUGUCUGGUUCUCAUUCGGACCAGUUGACCCGUGAAAUAAGACAUUAUGGCUUCUAAUCAAAUCAAAAUAAUUAUGACUGAACGAUAUUAAUGACCAAACUGAGGGCAAAGGUCACUAAGGCAGACACAAACUGAUAGUCGGUCCGUAGCUCUUUUAUGGAUCCAAAACAUCUGAUUAACCGAAACGUAAAACAGGAAAAGUGUGAAAUGGUGAUGGGGUUUUAUGGCCGACACUCUCUGCUGUGUGGCGUUUAGGACAACGACUCUGACAUAUUGCAACAUCUCUGUACAAAACAGUGCAAAAGUCUUAGGUCAGCCUGUAUUUCCACUCUUUGACUCUAAUGAAAACACUUCUUCAGGCUUUCUGCAAGUCUUUUAAAAAUUUUCUUUGAAGCUUACACAUUUCCCGUACCUGACCACAGCAACGCGUCAUUAAAUGUUUGCCUUGAAAGAUUAGGACAAUGCAGAGAAAAAGUUUCUAUGUUUAGAAAAAGGAGAUGCAUUGUUGUACUCAUUGCCAAGAUCUCAGUUUGUCUGUGUUAAAGUGUUUAACCUGGUUUUUUGUUUUGUUGGUUUUUUUAGAAAAUAAAGGAAUGGGAACAUUUUUGUUCCUGCGACUCGAGUAGCAAAGUGAAAACGUUUCGUCGUCGUUUCCUUGCUACAUCGUAAGCAGACACACAACCAGUUUCGCCCUUGAAUUUUGAAAGCUUUUUGGGAGCAGAGAGGUCAAACAAAUGUCCAUUUAAAUGUUGACAGAUAUUGGGAAUGUAACUCUGUGAAAACGAAAAUCUUUUAAAGACCUGAAGAAACAGAAAGAAAUAUUGAUCACGUAAGAAUUGAGGGAUAACUUGAUGACUUUUGCACCAAACUGAACAGAAACAUCCGACGAAUGACUGAUGUGAAUCUCUUUAAUGAAGAUAAAAUUAUACGUUUGAAAUGAUAAUAGAGAGCAGAAUGCAUCCCGAGACAAAUCACUUUAACUGGAACUUUAUUCAAAAUGAUAACUUUACAAGUUCGAUCAUUGCACAUGAUCAUUACAUUUCUGAGAAAAUGUGAAAGUAUGGAAAAACGACAUUUUCACAGGCAUUGUAAGCAUAAUGAACUGGUGCAUGUGAUGAUGUAGCCAUGUUUCGAAGUCCGAGGAAAUCAGAGACACCUUGAUGGAGUCGAUGAGAUUCAUUUGAGGCAGCAGAGAAAACGAUGAGUUUGGAUAGUCCUGCUGAGAAGAAAGGUUAAAUACAAAACUUUAUUUAAAAUGACUGUGUGUGAUUUUAAUGACAGGAAUAAAGAUUGUAUUACUUCUCUUGAUCAAAUAAAGAUUUUUUUUACUAUUAAUUUA